AUGACUGUGCUACUGGUAGAGGCGUUCUACGGUGGCUCCCACAAACAGCUGAUAGACCUGCUUAGAGAGAAUGUGGAAGACUGCGUGGCCUACACACUGCCGGCUAAGAAAUGGCACUGGAGGGCCAGGACAGCAGCUCUGUACUUCAUGCAGGCUAUCCCGGCUAGCCCCUCAUACAGGUAUACACAGAAGCAAGACUGUUGGAAUUGAUACAGUGCUGAUUAAGACUGCUAGGUCAUUGUUAUUGCGAAAUAUACACUUUUUUUGUUGGUCUUUCCGAGACGUUGUUUGUGAGUUUGCAUGUACAGUGAGCUCUGUAAAGGGGAAAUCCAAUUCCUCUGUUUUGGCACAGUGAGAUGGAAAGUGGGCCAUGCGGUUGUCAGCCAUUUUAAGGUACCCUUGUAUCACUCACUACUAGACUUCAGAGAUUGGGAUUCCAUUAGGUCAUUGACUUCCACAGAGAGGGUUUAGGUCAUAUGUAAUGAGACACAGCUGCUUGAAAUGUCCCCAACCUUUCACUCUCUAUUUUUCGGUGUCAAUAUGUUUUCUGUUUUUUUGCACAUUGCUAUUAGGGGAAGAACCCAAUGUGUAAAAGUACUUAGCUAUCUUUUCUUUGCACUUUGGAAUUAAAUCUAUGUUUUAUUAGGGAAACCCAGAUCAAUGAGCUAUCCUGUCAUUAAACCAGAGGGUGCAAUAUGAUUAUUAUUCAUCAUUUUAUUUGAUGAUAAACUCUGCUUUGCAGAAACUGUUUUGAUUCAGGGCUUGGGGAGUACUUCACAGAUGAUUGGCAAAUAUAGGGCGAUUUACUAUACAUUUGGUGAAGCGAUGCAUGAUGCUGCAGCUCACCCACACACAGGGCUAACGCUCAGAUUGAUGUGUACUUGUCUGGUUUUGAUCCCUCGCUGUCAUCUCUGCAACACCGCAGUAACAGUCGCUACUGGAGAAACACAGUGGGCGAGCCAUGUCACAUUUGAGUAGAAUUCCAAAUUCAAAAAGGUCAUCAGUCAAAAUGAAGACAGGUAGUCAAAUCGAUAGUGGCUAGCAGAGGUGUGGACUCGAGUCUGACUGUUGUCACAAAUGUCAUGACUUGAUAGAAAAUAAAAUAAUUUGAGACUUGACUUGGAGCUUCAAGACUCGGGACUCGAUUUUGAUUUGAGACUGAUGACUUGAAAUUAUCUGGCCAGGUUUUGUAACGUUUUGUCGCUAAUUUUGUGCCACAGUCUCCUUGGAUUAUUCUCCACGUAGCCAGAGACAGUAUUGCAUUUGCAAAAAAUCUGAUUGGCUGGUGAAACACACUCAGCCCUCUGAUUGGACCAGCAAACUGUCAAUCAACACAGGUCGGGUGAACUAGUGCAAUGGGAAGGUUUAAGAGGUGCAAGUGUGAAAUUCAAUGGGGAAAAUAUUAGUUUUUUAAUACAUAUUUUAAUAGGCUACAUAAUAUUAUAGCCUACCAUUUGAUAUUUAUACCUUUGCUUAUUCGAUCUGGUCACUAACAUAGGCCUACGGCAUUGCACCAAAUUAUUGUUUCAAAAACAUCUAAUUUGUGCUUCAGAAAGAAAAGCUUGCGGGUCUUGACUGUUGACCAAUGAUCAGUCAUCAAAAUUGGCGCGCAAAGGCGGCCAGCAAAGCGCUUGUUUAUUAUUUUCCGGUUUUGCCUGGCAAAAACAGAGGCGAAAACAGAGUAGCCUACCUACAUUAAUAUUACCCAUAUAAAGUGCCAUUUAGCAAUCUGCUACUGACGCAUCUUUGACACAACAAUGGGCUACCUGGUGAUUUCAUAGAUAAUUUUCAUAUUUAAAAUAGGCCUAGUUUGGGUGGGUUAAAAUUCUUUACGUCAGUGGUGGUACUGGCUAUGACUAAAGAUGGCGAGCUGUAACAUCGCACUACCUUCAAUACUUAUGGGAUGAAAAUGUAACAUUCUGGCGAAUUAAUUAUGAUAUUUGUUAGGAAGAAAAAGGCUACAGACAGAUCAUGCUUUCCAUCCGAUCCUUCAAGCCCCGCUGCAUACAGGUUGGCGGUAAUGAUCCUGCUUGCUCUUGACUCCAAAAAGUGACAAUGUGUCAUGAUAUCCCUAGUUGAUAUUGACUGCUAACAUGAAUGACUUUCAGCUCAAAAUGCAGGUGUAAAACGCAGUGUAUUUCUGUAUCUUGCGUUUGGAAAAUGCAUCACCAUUUAUGGCUGUUAUGACAGGCUACAUUUGCGCAGCGAUUGUGCGCGCGUGUUCGCCGUGUGGGCGCGUGAGUGCGCGGGGGUCGCAAACUUUGAGUUUGAACCACUCAUUUUUGGGGGUCGCGGGUCAGAACCUUUGAAAACCACUGAGCUAGCGAACAGAUUGCUGAUUUGCUGUGCAGCGCAAACUUCAAAUUGUAGGGAGAUUGUAGGAUUGCCAUAAAUGAAUAUGCAGCUCCAAAAGUUGUUUGGUCAAUAACAGUGGUGGAAAAAGUACCCAAUAGUCAUACUCGAGUAAAAGUAAAGAUACCUUAAUAGAAAAUGACUCAAGUAAAAGUCACCCAAUAAAAUACUACUUGAGUAAAAGUCUACAAAUAUUUGGUUUGAAAUAUACUUAUGUAUCAAAAGUAAAUGUAAUUGCUAAAAUAUACUUAAGUAUCAAAAGUAAAAGUAUAAAUAUCUUAUAUUAAGAAAGCCAGACAGCACAAUAUAUAUAAGUACGGAUAGCCAGGGGCACAUAAUUUACAAAGCAUUUGUGUUUAGUGAGUCCACCAGAUCAGAGGCAGUAGAGAUAACCAGGGAUGUUCUCUUGAUAAGUGUGUGAAUUGGACCAUUAUCCUGUCCUGCUAAGCAUUCAAAAUGUAAUGAGUACUUUUGUGUGUCAGGGAAAAUGUAGUUGAACAACUCAUUGCCUGUAUAGAUUUUUUAUUUUACUUGACUUGAAAAAAACUUGUGACUCGAUUUGACUUGCUCUUAGAAUGCACGACUUGGACUUGACUCAAGACUCAACCAGUUCUAUUUGGGACUAUUUGGGACUGGAUCUUGAGACUUGAAUAAUCGUGACUUGGUCCCACCUCUGGUGGCUUGGUACAUCAUGGCAUGUCAUGUGGCUAAGUAAUAUCUCAUACAGUAAGUGACUAACCAACCCCUUUUCUCGGUUCUGCUGUUUGUUGCCAUUUUGGAUUUUGCAGAAUUAGAUAUUUGAUGUUCCCUCUAUGGGACGACAAGUGGUAAUUCAGCACAUAACAAAUCAAAAUGUUCUACUUAUUUAUAUGAAAAAGGUAAAGUAAAAAAAAAAAAUCCAUCUCCACUGAAGGGAUACUUUAAGUAAGUCCUGCAGUUUGAGUGCGUCUAAUUCUUAACUACACAGGAUGUCCCUGUGGACUAUUCUUGGCAGGAAAAAGGUAAAAAUAGAGAACUCUCAUCUGGUUUGAGUCAGAGCCCUGCAUUACCGACAGAGUUUAGGGGGUGAGGGUGAUUUCUGUAACAUGCAGUCCUGUAGGCCUCUUUUAGUUUUGAUCGAAGGCCCAAACAGUCUAGGAAAUUGGGCUAAUCCCAUGUCUGAGAGGCACACGGGGACGUGAUCUUAACGAUGGCUCGUGGACUCAGCCACAUCAAAGAUUCCUCGCUCAUGGGUAAAGGAGACUGACUGACUGAUGAAGGGAUGGGCCAAGGCUUGAAGUGGAGGAUGGGGUCACGUAGGGAGAUGCUGGAGCUUCAAAGCCUCACCGCUGAGCACGCAACAGAUACAGAGACGCCGCAGAGGGAGACGGAGAGAGAGAGAUAUGCUUUUAGAGGGCUGCGGUGGAAAUGCUGCAUUGUCUGAGAGGCUGCAGGAGAGCUGGGCAGGGCUGGGUGGAUUAUCCUGCUUGGGAAAUUAUUCGAUUUUGGUGAUGUUACUAUUUUACCUACUGGUUACGAUCAAUGGGUGGUAUUUAGCAGGAUUUAUCCCUUUAAUGGAUGAAAGGCAUUUUAGUGGUUGGCAUUGGCAGCAGUGGGGACAUUCAAGUCUGAUAUAGCUCGGCUAAAAAGAGAGCUAUCCCUCACCUCCCAGCGUUUCAUUUUAGUCAGACAUUAGUAAGCACGAAGAUAUGGAAGUAAGGCCCGGCGUUUGUUAGACAUUAAUGUACAGUGCAUUCGGAAAGUAUUCAGACCCCUUUACUUUUUCCACAUUUUGUUACGUUACAGCCUUAUUCUUAAAUUGAUUAAAUUGUUUUUUUCCUCACCAAUCUACACACAAUACCCCAUAAUGACAAAGAAAAAACAGGUUUUUGAAUUUUUUGCAAAUGUAUUAAAAAUAAAAAACAGAUAUCACAUUUGCAUAAGUAUUCAGACCCUUUACUCAGUACUUUGUUAAAGCACCUUUGUCAGCAAUUACAGCCUUGAGUCUUCUUGGGGAUGAUGCUAUAAGCUUGGCACACCUGUAUUUGGGGAGUUUCUCCCAUUCUUCUCUGCAGAUCCUCUUAAGCUCUGUCAGGUUGGAUGGGGAGCGUCGCUGCACAGCUAUUUUCAGGUCUCUCCAGAGAUGUUUGAUCGGGUUCAAGUCCGGGCUCUGGCUGGACAUUCAGAGACUUUUCCCGAAGCCACUCCUGCGUUGUCUUGGCUGUGUGCUUAGGGUCGUUGUCCUGUUGGAAGGUAAACCUUCGCCCCAGUCUGAGGUCGUGAACACUCUGGAGCAGGUUUUCAUCAAGGAUCUCUAUGUACUUUGCUCCGUUCAUCUUUCCCUCGAUCCUGACUAGUCUCCCAGUCCCUGCCGCUGAAAAACAUCCCCACAGCAUGAUGCUGCCACCACCAUGCUUCACCGUAGGGAUGGUACCAGGUUUCCUCCAGACUUGAUGCUUGGUAUUCAGGCCAAAGAGUUCAAUCUUGGUUUCAUUACAUUUACAUUUACAUCAUUUAGCAGACCAGAUAAUCUUGUUUCUCAUGGUCUGAGAGUCUUUAGGUGCCUUUUGGCAAACUCCAAGCGUGCUGUCAUGUGCCUUUUACUGAGGAGUGGCUUCCGUCUGGCCACUCUACCAUAAAGGCCUGAUUGGUGGAGUGCUGCAGAGAUGGUUGUCCUACUGGAAGGAUCUCCCAUCUUCACAGAGGAACUAUGGAGCUCUGUCAGAGUGACCAUUGGGUUCUUGAACUCCUCCCUGACCAAGGCGCUUCUCCCCCGAUUGUUCAGUUUGGCCGGGCGGACAGCUCUAGGAAGAGGCUUGGUAGUUCCAAACUUCUUCCAUUUAAGAACUGUGUUCUUGAGGACCUUCAAUGCUGCACACAUUUUUUGGUAACCUUCCCCAGAUCUGUGCCUCGACCUAAUCCUGUCUUGGAGCUCUAUAGACAAUUCCUUUGACCUCAUGGCUUGCUUUUUGCUCUGACAUGCACUGUCAACUGUGGGACCUUUAUAUAGACAGGUGUGUGCCUGUCCAUAUCAUGUCCAAUCAAUUGAAUUUACCACAGGUGGACUCAAGUUGUAGAAACAUCUCAAGGAUGAUCAAUGGAAACAGGAUGCACCUGAGCUCAAUUUCGAGUCUCAUAGCAAAGGGUCUGUAUACUUAUGUAAAUAAGGUAUUUCUGUUUUUAAUUUUUAAUACAUUUGCAAAAAUGUCUAAAAACCUGUUUUCGCUUUGUCAUUAUGGGGUAUUGUGUGUAGAUUGAUGAGGAUUAUUUUAUUUUUUAAAUCAGUUUUAGAAUAAGGCUGUAACGUAACAAAAUGUGGAAAAAGUCAAGGGGUCUGAAUACUUUCUGAAUGCACUGUAUUUGCAGAUAGAUGAACUCACCCUCACCAUCCUGACCCCCUGUGCUGUGUUCUGGUCCUCAGGGUCCUGUUUGCCAGUUCUGUGCUGAACCUGUCUGAACUGGUGGCCCUGCGUCCUGACCUGGCCACACUGAAGAAGGUGCUCUACUUCCACGAGAACCAGCUGGUCUAUCCGGUCCGCAAGAGCCAGGACAGAGACUUCCAGUACGGAUACAACCAGGUCCUCUCAUGGUAAAGACCGGCCCUGCUUUGAGUGUGCAGUACACAAUGUAUAAUAAAGUACACAAUCUAUCUAGUGCACAGUGUGUGUACGUUAUUAUCACAGUUAACAGUAGCAACAAGAGGUCGUAACAAGCAAAGACGAUGAGCAACACGCAUAAUUGGUCUGUUUGUUUGUGUAUUUAAAAUAAACAAACAACACACUAUUCAUACGGUAAUAGUUUGUCUUAAUGAGCAUGUCUGGGGCGCAACAUGAUUGGUUAAUUACGGCAGGCCGACAUGAUGCCCUCUGGGUAAUUGAAGUCACUCUUGUCGAGUGACUGGGCUGUCAUUAAUCAGAAGGCGAACAGUAAAGAGAGAGGCACUCUAAAGAAAAGUGAUUGUUGUUGAUCUGCAUAGGGCAACGCGUCAAUAAGUCAGUUCUGCAAGGCCCACUCAAUCUACUUUAAUGUCAUUAACCCAGUCAAAUAUGGCAGCAUUAAAUAAUAUGCUACUCAAAGGGAAUGGAUCAUUAAGAGAUGUUUGAUUGGAUUCAAGCCAGAUUGCUUUGCUAAUUUGAAUUAUAAUGCAGGGCUUUCGUUCUAAUGGAAGAGAAUGGGAGCCAUUUAAGACUGUACUGAUAAAUGCAGACUAUGCUGAAUCGUUCCAUGUUGCACACACCGAAUCUGCAAAUGAAGCAGUGUCACUUUGUGUGUGUACGUACGUGUGUGUGUCACUGACUGUGUGUGUACCCUCUUCUUUUCCUUCCCCCCAGCUUGGUGGCAGAUGUGGUGACGUUCAACUCUUCUUUCAAUAUGGAGUCUUUCCUGUCCUCCAUUUCGUCCUUCAUGAAGAUGAUCCCCGACCACAGGCCCAAAGACCUGGACAAGCGCAUACGCCCAAAGUGUCGGGUCCUCCACUUCCCCAUCCAAUUCCCCCAUGUCACAAGGUCAGUGUCAUCAUCCCUGGCUACAGUAAUUUGCCUUCUAGGGAUAACCAGGCCACUGAUUAAAUAA